AUGUCAGAAAAACGGUUUGAAUUUUUAAUGCGAUACAUACGUUUUGAUGACAUAAGAGGACGUGAAGAAAGAAAAAAGUUUGAUAAAAUAACCCAUGUGCGAUGGUUAUUCGAAAGUUUUAUACUACAGUGUAAACAGUCAUAUAGUUUAUCCGAGUUUGUCACUAUAGACGAAGAACUCCAAGUCUUUCGUGGUCGUUGUUCUUUUAGGCAGUACAUCCCGUCCAAACCUGCUAAAUAUGGUAUAAAAAUUUUUGCUAUGGUAGAUAACAUUUCAUAUUUUACCAGUAAUAUGGAAAUUUAUGCCGGAAAACAACCCGAUGGUCCAUUUAGUAUUGAUAAUAGUCCGAAAAAUGUUGUCCAUCGUUUGAUACAACCUAUUAGGAACACGGGAAGAAACGUGACAAUUGAUAACUGGUUUACUAGUGUCCCGCUUGCAGAUGAAUUGCUGAAUCAAAAACUCACCUUACUUUGGUACCCUUAG